AUAAAGAGAAUAUAAACGCGGGCUUGUUGAACUGAACAUCAGUUACAGAGAAGUGCGCCCGUAGAAGCAGAAGUCUAUCCAUCACUAAAUAAUCGCUGGUGUAUAAUUUCUUUCAGUAAACAAGGAAAGCCACACCGUAAUUCAGUUAUUGGUCAAAUCAUCGCUGAAUCAAAGAGUAUGGUUGCAAUGGAUGAAAGUGACAUAUUAAUCUGGCCCCUUGCCCCACUCACUGUUGUAAACAUGGCUAGUUCUCUGAGUCAGAAGUGCAUAGUUAUUGACUGCCGUUCAUUUCUGUCAUUUAACGCCUCGCAUAUCAAGGGGUCACUGAACGUUCACUGCCCACCUAUCUUGAAACGAAGACUCCACCGAGGAACAUCCACUUUAGAUUGCUUACUCACGUCUCCAGAGUCGAAACGAAGGCUUGCCGACGCAGAAACUUUGAUUUUAUAUGAGGAUAGAACACAGGACUGGAAAGACUUGGAAAUGGACAAUACAAUGAAGAUAAUUUAUAUGCUUCUAAGGAGGGAGAGAAUAAACAAGAACUUAUAUUUCAUUAAAGGAGGCUUUGAAAGGUUCUCCUCCUCGUACCCUUCGAUGUGCUACUUUGCUAAACCACAAUCGCCGUCACAAACAACUACAUCUCCGCUUGGGUUAAAGCUUAAAACGAAAGAUUCUAAAAGAACAUUCAGCCCGAGACACGACACAGAAAUGAAGGAUUUCGCCGAGUCACGUCCAAGUUCGUCAGUGAAUGCAAAUGAACCAGUGGAGAUUUUACCACAUUUAUAUCUUGGAAGUGAAAUUCAUGCGUCCCAGAAAGAGCUUCUUCAGCGCCUGGGGAUUACUGCUAUUGUGAAUGUAUCAAGAAAUAUUCCGAACUUUUUUGAGGAGGCAUUUCAUUACAAGUCUAUUCCAGUAGAUGAUACUUAUACAGCAGAUAUUGGCCGAUGGUUCGAGGAAGCUGCUGCGUUUAUAGACUCAGUGAAGAACUCAAAAGGAAGAGUGUUGGUUCACUGCCAAGCAGGCAUCUCCAGAUCAGCUACCAUUUGCCUCGCCUACCUUAUAAGCAGGCAUCGGCUGAGGCUAGACGAAGCUUAUGAGUAUGUCAAGAAAAGGCGAUCGGUCAUAUCUCCAAACUUUAAUUUCAUGGGACAAUUACUGAACUGGGAAUCAGAGACUCAACUGACCGAGAGAGCAACGAGCAGUACUGAGCUGUUAAUA